AAAUCUAGUUGUAGACUUCUGUAUUUUACUUUAGCGGAGUGCAGUGUGGCAGAUGAAGUUUCAUUAUGAAACUUGACAGCUCCGAGUGCAAACUAGUGGCAAAAAAAAAAAAAAAAAACUCAAGGUCAAAUCUAAAUGAAUGUAUCAGUUCACUGACAAGAUAGUCUGUCAUUCAGACAAAGAUUUGACACCACGGGUAGCAUAGAUUGAUCUGGAGAGUGAGUGAAAUGGAUGGGUUAGAAAUGGAAAGCAACAGGAUGGAAUAAAACUGGAGAAAAGCGCAGAUUUUAUUCACCUCCUUUUGUGAUUUUUUUAAAAAUGACAAUGCAUCAGAGCAUCACAGAGCGGGGGACGGACGACUGAAUCACGGCCACAAAUAUUCAACUUCAUCUGAACAUGAACAUGAGGCGAAAAUAACACAGAAGACGGGCUGCUGUUUUCUGUAGAAGUAACAGCUUAUAGGAACAAAAGGUCCGUUUCCACUUUCGGAACCUCCGGGUACAGUAUUUGCACUUCUCCUUUUCAUCAGGCUGUCCUAAAACCAUUUUGCAGACAAGUUCAGGGAUCAACGAAGUACCUAUGUGCUUGGAAAAGGCCAGGUAGAGUCGUCAGGCGGGACUUGUGGAAAUAAAAUGGGCAGAUGUUGCCAAACAACCGACAUUUGUAAAAUUGGAAAAGCUGCUAGAGAAGGAAGGAAAAAAAUAAAUUGCCAUUUCUAAACUCCAAAUGUUGAAAAUCCCUCCACAAUGUGGUCAUUGUGACUACCUGACCCUAAUAUAAAUAUUUUAUAAUAAACAUUUCCCUAUAGGAGUCUCUCCCCAGGCCUCUACAGCAAAACUAAUCAUCGGCCUUGUUCGAGAUGAGCAGCACCUCGCCUGAAAAACACACGAGAGCAGACAGGUGCAGCAGGGGGAGUGGCUGAAAGCCGCCAUUUAAGUCGGACAGAUUUUCCUACGUGUAGGUGACGAUGGAUGACGAUAUCAUGUUUGAGUUAAUUUUUGUUUAAUUUGUAAUUUUGAUUCUGGUGCCUGUUAGCAACUGAAACACAUCCUCACAUGCUUGUGGAUAUCAUAUAAUGUAGACACAUUCAUAUGAAGAUAUGACUGUAAUAAUAAGUAAAGGUUUUCAGCUGUAGUUUUUAGUGUGCUCAUAGGAAAUGUGACAAAAGAAAAUAAAUCACAGAUCAACAUAACAUGAUUUACAAAAGACACAUGAUCAACUAACGUUUUGCAUUCUACCACAGGAUAUAUGGAUCAGAAUGGAAACCAAUCAGAUCUUAGAUCAGGUGAGAGCCAGGCGUUUCCAAUCAUGCCCUAGGUCAGGGGUGUCAAAUUCUAACUCACACUGGGCCGAAAUGAAAAUCUGGGACGGAGUCGAGGGCCAAACUUAAUGUUUUUUGAAAAAGUGACGGCAAAUUUGCACAUUUUCUUUAUCAACAUAUAUGCAAUUUAGAACCUUUUAAUUUGGAAACAAACUUAUUUUUGCAUCAACACUGAAUGUGGAAUAACCAAAUUACACACGAGCAAGUCCGUUUAAAAUAAAAGGCAUCAGUGGUAUUCAUUACUUGUGGUAUAUUCAGCAUUUUUAAAAUCUAUUCAGGAUUUAUGUUUUCUUGUUAUUAAUUUUUCUUAUAUUUUAUUCUCCUUUUUUUCUCCUGUAAUACGUGUCAUCGCUGCUGUGACGUCUAGUUUUCCCCACUGAGGAACAAUAAAGGGAAUUUCUAUUCUCUUCAUUUAUCAGCAGCCUUUCCACUUCCUGUUUUACUGUUAAAUCUUUUCUCACGGGCCAACAACAAAAUAAAAAUAUCAUUUUAUCUUAAAUGAAAAUGCAAUAUCUCACCUGUUAACUUUCAUGUUUUGGAGCAGAAAAAGAGCAUAAAACCAACAUAUUUAAAGCUCAGUUUGCUCCACUGGUUUACUGUGAUGCUCACCUGUUCCAGCCAGAUACCUGCAUCAUGGUGUUGAGCUGAGGAGGAGACUCCUGUUGUUUUGUUCAUCUUCAUCAUAAUAAUGACAACAUUAGAUGACAACAGGUGCUCACAUAGGCUUGUGCUGCUGAACAUGGAGAGCAUCUGAGCAGCUUGACCAAGUUGUUGUGUGUCGGGGAGGAAAAAUAACUACAGCAGCCAGAGGCAUACUGAUUUGAGCGUGUCACUGCUCGCUGGAGUUAUAUCAGCUCGGUCUGGAAGUUAGUUGGAAAACGUUCUCUUUCAGUCGUGAACACAUUACUGAGCGGUUAAAAUCUCAGUUUCUGGGCUUCAACGUCGGCAAAUAGCUGAGUAUGUUUAUUUUUAUGAGUCCAAAGAGACUUACAAGUGAUAAUCGACAUGUUGCCCUUGAGGCUAACAACAACAAUAACAACAACUACAACAACCAAUUUCCAGUCAGUCGUAGGGGGCAGUGAGGCAGCAUGAUGAAUCAUGGAGAGGAGGGAACAAGGAGUGGACAGUAGAGAGGGGGACGGAUGCAGGGAGGGUGCUAGUUUAGAAGAUGCUUUCUAAAGAGCAGGGUCUUCAGGAGUUUCUUGAAAGUCGAAAAGGAAGCCGCUGUUCUGGUAGUAUUUGGUAGGUCAUUCCACAUUUGUGGAACGAUGCAUGAGAAGAGUCUGGAUUGUCCUGAGCGUGGUGUAGGCACUGCUAGCCAACGAUCCUGUGAUGACCGGAGUGGCCGGGCCGAGACGUAAGGCUUCGCAAGAGGAUUCAGGUAGAUGGGAGCCGUACCAUCUCGGACUUUGUAUGCUAGUGUUAGCAAUUUGAAUUUGAUGCGCGCAGCUAGCGGUAGCCAGUGGAGCUGGAGUAAACUCUGCGCUGAGUGAGAGGAGUGUUUAGUUUGUCCGAGACAGCAGAGCUGCAGACAUCGGCAGCAGACGCUAGAAAAAACACAAAGGAGGGGGCGCUUCGGCUCUGCGCUAACACCGCAAAGCAUCAUGGGAUAUGUAGUGUUUGCAGAAAAAUCGGCCAGCGGGUCAGUUUUAAUAUAUUUUUGAUAUUUAUCCCGCGGGCCACAUAAAAAUGCUCCGCAGGCCUUGUGUCUUACACAUGUGCUCUAGGUUUUGCAGCCAGUGGAGAGCAACUGCAGCGCCUUGCUCCAAAAUCUGCGGCCGCCUUGAUCCCACGAGGUUAUCGUUGCCUACAUAGACAUGACGUCAGAGCAAGUCGGCGUUAAGUUGGACACAAACCGGCAUGCACUGCGCACCGAUCACCGGUGAUCUAAUCUGCGCAGAACUGGCUCAUCUCGAACACGGUCAUUUACAUGGGCCUUGAGGGCGUUGAUUUAUGUAUCCACAAGAGGAAGCUGUCAAUUUGGUUCCCAGCAUGCUCUAAGGGGUGACACAGACUCCUUAAUCAGCUUGUGUCUGUAAAUAUCAAGCUAUGUGAGGAAGAGGAGGGAGGGGAAUGAAAUAGGUUUUAUCUUUUGUGUACUGGUGCUAAGUAAUAGGUACAUCAGGCUAAUGUAUUAGCCUGUUUUAACGUUAGCAGGGUGAGUUAGCAUCGCCAGUGCAGGAAUCCUACUGGUUGCAGAUGUCUACCUGCUUGAACAAUGUAGAUUUGAAUAAAUUUAGUGAUAAGCAGCACCUUCAGAACAUGAUUAAGGCUUAGGAGAUAAAUCUGCAGUUAGAAUCAGGCGUCUCUCUGAGCAGGAACAUGUAGAAAACAGUGCUAUUAAGGCUAUUUGUGUGUUGGUGCAUGAUAGGUGUUGCUUUCAGCUCCUUCCUGUAGGGAAUGAGGAGCAGGUGGGAAGCUAUAGCUGUUCAAAUGUUAAACUCUCUUCCUCCUAUCCUUCAAGACAUCCCGCUAAGGAACCCAUCAUUAAGGAACUUCUAUUGAGAAGACAGUUUAAAUUCCUGUACGCUUCUUGAGGAUGUCAGAAAGAAGUAGAGAUGGCGUAUGCAAAAUUAAAAAUGUCUUUAUUUCAGUUAAAAUUGUGAUUUUUUCAGAUUACCACAAGUCUGUAGAACACAUAUCUGAAACUCAUGAUUACAAUGUUAAACCAUCUGUGCACGAGGAGAAAAGGGAAAUGGCAGAGUAUGGAGAAAGGCGUGCUGAAAUAACAGGUAGAGUGUGAUGGCAUUUAAAUAAAAAAAUUGCAUAAAAGCAUCAAUUUUUGUUCUGUUUUGUUUUGAGGAUAUAAACAUGAUAAGCAUGGACAUAUAGUGACAAGCUCUUCCAGCCAUGAGGGGGACAGAGUGGAGGAGGAAGCGCAUGGAGAAGGAACAGCUGACAGGACAGGUAUCUGAGUAGAGUAGUGAACAUGGUAGAAAUAUCCCAGUAGAUAAAUCUCCCAAACUGGAUGUCCUGGAAUAAAAAUAAUAGAUUAGAUCAGGGGUAUUAAAUUCUGGGCCUGGAGGACCAGUAUCCAGUAGGUUUUUGUAGUUUCUCUGCUCCAACACGCUUGGUUCAGUGGUUGAAUCCCCUCUGCAGCAGCUCAUCAAGCUCUGCAGAAGCCUGUUAAUCACCUGCUGAUUGAAAUCAGGUGUGUUGAGCCAGAGUUAAAACUAAAACGUGCUGGACACCAGCUCUCCGGGCCCUGAACUGAAUAACCGUGGAUUAGAUCUUGAGAUUCUGAUCGUUAAGAUGCUGAUAAAUGUGAUGUCAGUCCCCCACAAGUCUGAUGAGCGUGUUCAGGAAGGCCAGAGUUCAACGACUGCAUCUGAAAUGGAGUAUUUAAACACCGACAGGAAAGCUUUCCCCAUCUUGGUGGAUCGCGAACAUGACAGUCAGGUUCAGGAAAGAGCCUCAUCGGAGCACCGGGAAGAUGAGCAAACAGAAAGAAACGUUUCCAACAUGUUUGAUGGAGACCAGAUUUAUAGCCAUGGCACGCCUUCUUCUGAGCACAAGAACACAGAUGCUCACAGUUUUCACAGACACACACAUAAAACUCAUGGAAAUGCACACGACACUCAGGGACAUGCACACAAGACUCAGGGACAUGUGCACGACACUCAGGGACAUGCACACAAGACUCAGGGACAUGUGCACGACACUCAGGGACAUGCACACAAGACUCAGGGACAUGCACAUAAAACUCAUGGAAAUGCACACGAGACUUGGGGACAUGCACACAAGACUCAGGGGCAUGUGCACGAAACUCAGGGACAUGUGCACGACACUCAGGGACAUGCACACGAGACUCGGGGACAUGCACAUGACACUCAGGGACAUGCACACGAGACUCAGGGACAUGCACACGAGACUCGGGGACAUGCACAUGAGACUCAGGGACAUGUACACGAGACUCGGGGACAUGUACACGAGACUCAGGGACAUGUACACGAGACUCAGGGACAUGCACAUAAAACUCUUGGAAAUGCACAUGAGACUCAGGGACAUGCACAUGAGACUAAGGGACAUGUACACGAGACUCAGGGACAUGCACAUAAAACUCAGGGACAUGCACAUGAGACUCAGGGACUUGCACAUAAAACUCAUGAAAAUUCACAUCACACCCAUGGACAUGCACAUGAUACUCAGGGACAUGCACAUGAGACUCAGGGACAUGUACACGAGACUCAGGGACAUGCACAUGAUACUCAGGGACAUGCACAUGAGACUCAGGGACAUGUACACGAGACUCAGGGACAUGCACAUAAAACUCUUGGAAAUGCACAUGAGACUCAGGGACAUGUACACGAGACUCAGGGACAUGCACAUGAGACUAAAGGACAUGUACAUGAGACUCAGGGACAUGCACAUAAAACUCAUGGAAAUGCACAUGAGACUCAGGGACAUGCACAUAAUACUCAGGGACAUGCACAUGAGACUCAAGGACAUGCACAUAAUACUCAGGGACAUGCACAUGAGACUCAAGGACGUGCACACGAGACUCAAGGACAUGCACAUAAUACUCAGGGACAUGCACAUGAGACUCAAGGACGUGCACACGAGACUCAAGGACAUGCACAUAAAACUCAUGAAAAUUCACAUCACACCCAUGGACAUGCACAUAAAACUCAUGCAAAAGCACAGGAGACUCAGGGACACGCACACGAAACUCAGGGACAUGCACAUCACACUUAUGGAAAUGCACAUGAGACUCAGGGACAUGCACAUCACACUCAUGGAAAUGCACACGAGACUCAGACACAUGCACAUAAGACUCUUGGAAAUUCACCUGAGAUUCAUGGAAAUAGACAUGAGACUCAUGGACAGGCUCAUGAGACUAUUGGAAAUGCACACAAAACUAAUGAAAAUGCACAUGAGACUAAUGGACAUGUACAUCACACUCAUGGAAAUGCACAUGAAACUCAUGGAAUUUCACAUGAAACUGAUGGAAAUGUGCAUGAGACUAAUGAAAAUUCAAAGGAGACUCAUGGAAAUAGCCGUAGAACUCAUGGACAUGCACAUGAGAGUCAUGGAAAUGCACAUGAGACUCAGGGACAUGCACAAAAAAAUCAUGGAAAUACACAUGAAACUCAUGGACAUGCACAUAAGACUAAUGGAAAUGUUCAUGAGUCUGAGAGUCAUAGACAUACACACGAGAUUCAUGGACAUGCAUAUGAGACUAACGGAAAUGAACACAAGACUAAUGGAAAUGCACAUGAGACUCAUGGAAAUUCACCCAAGACUCAUGGACAUGCACAUGAGAGUCAUAGAAGCGCACCCGAGUCUCAUGAAAAUGCACAUGGAACUCAGGGACAUGCAUAUAGGACUCAUGGAAAUGCACAUGAGCGUAAUGGAAAUGCACAUGAGGCUCACGGAAAUGCACAUGAGACCAAUAGAAAUCCACAUGAGAUUCAUGGAAACACACAUAAGAUUCAUGCAAAUGCACAUGAGACCAAUGGAAUUGCACAUGAGACUCGGGGACAUGCAAAUGAGACUACUGGAAAUGCGCAUGAGAGUCAUGGACAUGCACGUAAGACUCUGGGACAUGCAAACGAGACCAAUGGAAAUGCACAUGAGAGUCAUGGCCACAAAACAACCCCACUGGGACAUGGAGAGGAGGAGCUUGACAGAAACUUUGCGAGGACAGACCCUCGCAAGUCUCACAAACACGAGACUAUUGGUCAUGCACAUGAAAGUUAUGGCCACAAAACAACAAGCACACAUGGACAUGGAGAAGAUGAGCAUACACACCAAAAUGUUGAAAUGACAGGUUCUCCAAACCCUCAUGAGUCUCACAGACAUGCUCAUGAGACUCACGGCCAUCAACAAGUAACAAGCUCACAGGAACAUGGAGAAGAUGAACACACACGUCGAACAACUAAAGGGGCAGAACUCCACGAGUCUCACGGACACAAAACAACGGGGUCACACGGACAUGGAGAUGCAGAUCAAGUACACAGUAAAGCUGAAAGAUCAGGUUCAUCACACCAUCACGAUUCUCACAGGCAUGUGCAUGAGAGCCACAGACACAAAUCAGCAGGGUCACAUGGAGAAACUGAAAUAACAGACUUUUCAGACCCUCGUGAGACUGACAACCACAAAACAAGCUCACGUGAACACGAGGAGGAAGAGCAUAAGCACGAUGAAGCAGAAGAGACGGAUGCCCACACACCACAUGAGACUCAUGGACACAAAUCCGUAAGCUCACAUGGACACAGAGGAGAGGAGCACACCCGUAAUGGCGAAGGGAUUGGUCUUCUGAAACUCUUGAUCACCGGAGAGCCACAGAUCAAACAGUUUCUUGGGACUAUAUAUGACGAUUUCAUUGACUGUGAGUGCAACGGCCACUCCAAUCGCUGCAGCUACAUCGACUACCUGAACAUCGUCACUUGCGUCAGCUGCAAGCACAACACCAGAGGCCAGAACUGCCAACACUGCAGACUGGGAUACUUCCGCAACGCCUCUGCCGAGCUGGAUGAUGAGAACGUCUGCAUCGAGUGUAACUGCAAUCAGCUGGGCUCCGUCCAUGACCGGUGUAACAACACGGGCUUCUGCCAGUGUAAAGAUGGAGCCACGGGAGCCAAAUGUGACGACUGUGUGCCGGGUUUCUACUGGAAGCAGGGCUGCUACCCUAAUGUUUGCGACGAGGAGAUGCUCCUCUGCCUGAACGGAGGAACGUGCUACCUGAACCAGAAGUGCGUCUGUCCUCCAGAGUAUAAAGGGGUUCUGUGCCAAGAGUCCCGCUGCGAGGCGGGGAAGGACUGCAACGGCGCUUCUUCGCCGCACCUUUCUACGGCCACCCUGCUGCUCUGCACUCUGCUGACCUACCUGCUGGCCACAUUAACACACCACUGAGCCCCUACCCUUCAAAGUGUGUGUGUUUGUGGGACAAAAAGAGGGGGUGACCCAGAAUGGGGAGGACCAGACAAAUCAUGGACCCCAAAGAAAAGCACACAACAGCACUUGACACUCUCACUGAACACUACCUAAACCUUGCAAACACACGUGAAUACACACACCUCCAGAGGACUGUUACGACACCGAGUGUGUGCCCAGGUGUGAGACAGACCAAGACAAACCCCUCAGAGGAAAAAGGUUCCAGUAAAAGGGGAUGGAAAUCAUACCAACCACUGUUCCCUUUAUUCUUCAGCUGGAGCAAUGUGCAUCAAACCAAAAAGCAUAAAAACACUUAAAUCACCACUGUUUCACUUCUAAGGGUAUGGCUGUUGUAACCUCACAUAGACCCUUUUAGUUCUUCUUUUGCCUUGGUUGAGUUAAAGGUCGCUAAUGUGUGAGUGUGUGUGUAUGCGUGCGUGCGUGUGUGUGUGGUCUGACUCAGCGUGCGAGUGAGGCACUUGACAGGUCAAAAAGAAGCUUGUUUAGUUCUGCUGCCACGGCCUACAUAGUACAAUACCCAGGUUUAAUUUCUUCUUGAAAAAUGAUGAGACUUGAUUUCUUUUUUUUUCCCUAAAUCAAACGUUUAAUCAUUUUAUCUAAAUGUGCCCACAAGCAGUUGCUGAGAUUAUACAUAUAUUAUACUAUCUGGGGAUGGGUGGGGUCAUGAAUCCUAAAGAAUAAAUUAGUCACUAUUAUGAUUGUUAGAGGAAUGAGUGAUUGUUGCCAUACUUAACGAGAUUUAAUCCUCUCACAAUAUUCAGGAAGCAGAGUUUAAUCAAGCUAAUCAGACGUCUAACAGAGAGAGAAAGGAUAUGAACCACGUAACAAUAUUAUAUGACAUUAUUUGAAUAUUUUUUGUAGAAAUUAUUUUUGUUUGAAGUUACAAUAAAUUAUAAAAAACAAACAAAGAAAUUACAUUUACAACUAUUCCAAAUGCGCAUUUUAUUACACUUGAUUGUAAAGCUUACAGUAAAAAUGACUGUUGUUUGCCUUCUUGGUUGUGUUUUUUUAUUGUUGUUUUCCCCGACUCAAUGAAAGUUGGCGUGUUUCCACCACCGGAUCUUCAGGGUAAUUUUACCGGAACUUCGCUUCAUGCUCAUGUCUUCACCUCAGCAGGCCGGUGUCGGUACAAGGUCUGCUCGGGUGCAAGAUCGGCUCGGGGUCCGUCGGCUGCCGAUGACGUCAAAGUAGUUGAUUGGCUGAACAUGAACUGUAUGGAAUUACGUAAUCACGUUACGUUGUUAUCACGUUACGUUAGUCCAGGCAAAUCUUUCUGUUGGAAAGAUGGACAACUUUUACAAAGAAAUCCAUCAUUACCUCUUUGAAAAUACACUUUUAGCAUAGAGCUGCAUGUAUAUUAGGGCUGAACGAUUAACUGCAUGUGCAAUUAAAUUGCGAUGUGACAAAAGGAGAUUUUCUAGUCGCAAAGGCUGCAAUUUGGCAGCGAGUGGUUAGCGCAAUGCUAAUAUACAUGGAAAAACCCAUAGGAAUGCUAAUGCUAAUAUCACUGAUUACAUUCUUACAAAUUAUGAAUUGGAAACGUGCCAAAUGAUUACAUUUGGAGUCUAAUAGAAAGUAAAACUACCAACAAUCAAAUAAGUACAGACAGGUAUUUUACUAAAGCCAGAAAACGUUUAACUCCAGAGUUUUGGCUAGCAGCUAUGAGCGUAACUGAACUACACAUGGACAAGACGUCAAAAACUAAACACAAAAUACUUCAAUAAACGGGACACACUUCUUUCCUGCAAAUAUAAUUUCACAGGUGUUGCUAAUACCUAUGAUCCUUCAAGGGAUGUGCUCAAAGAGGAGUUCAACAUUAUGAAUAAAAUAUAGUGUUUUAUUUUACAAAUACCAUUAUAAACACAAACUUAUGUCUUAAGAAACAUUAUUUUAAUAACGAAACUGCUAAAUUCUUUCCAACAGUAUAGAUGUGUGCUGUAUUUUGUCCGAGUGGGUUUGCCACACUUUGACGUCAUCGGCAGUCGAAGGAUCCCGAGCCGAUCUUGCACCCGAGCAGAUCUUGUACCGACACCGGCCCAGUGGACUAUUCUCCGGGCCAUUUUCGGGAACCAAUGGAGUAGCUGAGCUGUGGUAGGUACUUGGAAUGGUCCAGUAGAGUCGCUGACCAAGACUUGUGGUUUACUUGCGCUAGUUGGUUGUAACUCCGAAGAAAAUUACAUCGGCAGAAGUUGCUAAAACAACUGGCAUUUGUAAGAUUAGAAGAAUUAGGCCUGGGGUGCACCGGAGGCAGACGCAGUACUUUAGACCCAAUUUUUAAGGUUAUAUGUAUGUUAUAAAGCUGCCAAUAUUUUUCAACAAUUGGACAAAAUUUUAUUCAUUUUCAACACAGCUUUUUGAUUAAAGGUAAAAACUACA